AUGGGCCAGGCCAACUGCUGCCGCGGCUCCAGGGAGGCUCUCAGCGAGGCCGAGGCGGUGCUGAGCGCGGACGUGCGGCUGAGCCGGGGCCGCAGGAGGAGCGAGAGGCGCCUUCUCCUCCUCCAGGAGGAACUGGUGGUGGCCAAGUUGCAACGUGGCACCAGCGUGCGCCCACAGCUCCGCCUGCCCCUGGACCAGCUGUGGGUGCUGAGCGGCAGGAAGAAGGUGGCGUGGGAGGAAGAAGGACUGGAGGAGGAAGAAGGCAGCAAUGAGGACAGCACCUCCCUCGUCUUCAUCUGGCCCACCGGCUCCUGCGUUGCCAGUUUCGGCUCCCGGGCGCUGAAGGAGCUGUGGCUGGGCACACUGCUGAGGACACCCGAAGGAGCCAAGAGAGCCCGCGUGAGCCGUCUCCCAUCGCUCAAACUCCUGCAGAAGGAGCUGAGCCGCCGCCACGCCUGGAGGACAUUCAGCACCAGGAGCCUGGAGAGGCUGCUGGAGGGCCAGGCAGAGGCUGAGCCCAAGCAAAGGCCAACGACGGUCCCGUCUAACAACGAAGGGAUGGUCUCACCAGGUGAGUUUUGGAAAGAAAGGCAAGCUCCUCCUGCAAGCGCCUGAGCUGCGCUCACUUGUCCCUUGAGUGUCGCCAUGCAGGUUGGGCACCCCAAGGCAGGACGUCAGCCGGAGGAGGAAGGACACCCGCUGGGCAGCGGCCGCUGGACGUGGUUCUGCAGGGACACGCAGCCUCUGCUGCUGCUGCUGCCCACAGCUUGGA